CCUGGCCCUAGCGCCGCCCCCUCCUGCGGCCCGACUUCCGGCCGGCCCGGCGCCCCGCCCCCCCCCGGCGCGAGCGGGUGACGCCUUCACGCGGCGCGGCGCCAGGACGCACACGCGCCUGACUCCCAAGAUGGCGGCGGCGGCCCGGGCUUGCCGGAAAUGCCUUGUCGGUGGCUCGAGGCUUAUAUCUGGAAGAUACCCAGCUCCAGUACUCCCUAGUGGCAUUGUUUAUAGAAUGGGCAGGCCUGUUUUAGAGCUCCAUCAGUCUAGAUAUUACUCUUCUGGAGGCAGAAAAGGCUUUAUAUCAGGGUUUGUGGACAACAUCAAAAAGGAAUUAGCAAAAAAUAAAGAGAUGAAAGAAAGUAUUAAAAAAUUCCGGGAUGAAGCUAAAAAGCUAGAAGAAUCUGACGCGCUCCAGGAAGCAAGGAGGAAAUAUAAAACCAUUGAAUCUGAAACGGUUAAGACCUCUGAAGUGAUUAAAAAGAAGCUUGGAGAAAUAACAGGAUCAGUCAAAGAGAGUUUGGACGAAGUAAGUAAGAGUGAUAUUGGUCGGAAGAUAAAAGAAGGUGUGGAAGAAGCUGCCAAAACAGCAAAGCAGUCUGCAGAAUCAGUGACUAAAGGAGGGGAGAAACUGGGCAAGACAGCAGCAUUUAAAGCAAUCUCCCAGGGAGUAGAAACAGUGAAGAAGGAAAUAGAUGAAAGCGUUCUAGGGCAGACGGGUCCUUACAGACGUCCUGAGCGACUUAGGAAAAGAACGGAAUUCGAUGGAGAGAAGGUCAAAGAGAGAAUAUUUGAAGCUAAUGAGGAGGCAAUGGGUGUGGUGCUGCACAAGGAUUCCAAAUGGUAUCAGCAGUGGAAAGAUUUCAAGGACAACAAUGUGGUCUUCAAUAGGUUCUUUGAAAUGAAGAUGAAGUAUGAUGAAAGUGAUAACGCCUUCAUUCGGGCAUCCAGAGCUGUUACAGACAAAGUCACUGAUUUAAUAGGUGGGCUGUUCUCGAAGACAGAAAUGUCAGAGGUUUUGACAGAAAUUCUCAAAGUGGACCCAGCUUUUGACAAGGAUCGGUUUUUAAAGCAAUGUGAGAACGACAUAAUCCCCAAUGUCCUGGAGGCUAUGAUAUCUGGAGACCUGGAUGUCCUCAAAGAUUGGUGCUAUGAAGCAACUUACAGUCAGCUUGCUUAUCCAAUCCAACAAGCCAAAGCAAUGGGUCUCCUGUUCCACUCCAGAAUUCUUGACAUUGACAACAUUGAUCUUGCUAUGGGGAAGCUGAUGGAGCAGGGACCUGUAUUAAUUAUCACUUUCCAGGCUCAACUUGUUAUGGUGAUUAAAAAUCAGAAAGGAGAGGUGGUAGAAGGAGAUCCGGACAAAGUUCUGCGGAUGCUGUAUGUGUGGGCGCUCUGCAGAGACCAGGAUGAACUCAACCCGUAUGCUGCCUGGAGGUUAUUGGACAUUUCUGCUUCAAGCACAGAGCAGAUCCUCUAAGAAUACCAUCCAAGAGCUUCCUAUACCUCUCACUUGCACCAGUGCCAUGUCUGAACUUGCACCAACCUACAGUAUAAGGAGGGAGCUGUGGGGAACAGUCUGUUGGUUCCUUUUCAGAAGAGGCAGCUAUUGGGUGUGCCAUCACUUCACCAGUCCCUGAUGUGACCUGCCUGGGACUGACAUGGCUGCUCUGGGCACGGCGCUAGGUUUACGCUGUAAGAAUGUGCAGUAGAUUUAAGUGUGACUGAUUUAAGACACUAGCAGCUGAUGUCGGUUCCUUUUUAAAUCUUAGCUGGAGGAGGCUGGCCUCUUUCCUCCCCAUGUUCCCUAGUGCUUCCUGACAUGGACUCAGGUGGGUACUGGGCAGUAGCAAAGUGACGUAUAUUGUUUGCAAUGUCAGCAUCUAUAAUAACCCAAAAGUAGCCUCCCCAGCUCUUUGAAAGGCUCUCGAAGUUCUUUCAGGACAUUCCAGUCUCAGCUGCUCUCUUACUAGGUUGCAUCGAUCAACCUUCUGUUGAUACAGUGUCAUGCACUUUACCAAACCAAAUGCAACCAUGCCUCCACACAUGCGCCUUCCAGAGAGUCCUGCGGGGCCAUAUCAACACAGGGCCAGGCAGGUUUGCAGACCUGGCUGUAGCAGUGAGGCGUGCUCCCAGUGGUGUUGCACACAGUUCUCUUCUGAUGCAGGUAGGACCCACUGCUUAGAGAGUCUUUGUGUUUGAAUCUCCCCAGAUCCAGGGGUGGUCACAUGAGCUGUACUUGCCUGGGCAGAGUGCCAGUUGUGACUGAGAGAAAGAGGGGGAGCUGUAGAAUACUGACUAGGGACAAGAGAGAUGGACACAAGCAGUUGGCAUUAUCUGCUGUAGAUGGGACAGAGAGCAAAUAAGGUGCAAAAACAACUUGGGACAUAGCACCCCCACCACCACACCCAGUUAUUUAUUGCUAAGACUGAGUGAAGAGGGUAUGAUUCACUUACCUACUCUAUAUAAAUUGAAGGGUACAAUCUCCUGCCGCAGGUGGAGGUGCACAUCUGUCCUCUCACUGGGACCUGUGUGAUGACUGCAGAGCUUGGAGAAGGUUUACUGGCACAGAAUCCAAACUGGUGCUGGGUAAAUGGAGGUUUAGCUAAGAUGUUUUCAUGUUCAUAGAUUCUUCUGCUGCCUCCUUCAAUAAAGAGUGAAGAUUCUUGU